CACCGGGAACACAGACAUGCAAAGGGAGAGAUGAAUGCCCAGAGCUUUGCAGAUGGCCUUGGAAUUUGAGCUAUGACAUUUCCUGAUUCAGAGAUCUUGAGCAGAUCAUUUACCCUAAAUUAAAGCAGUCAUAGCAACCAAGGCUACAGGACUAGAAUUCAGGAUCCAAAAUUUCCAAGUCCAGAUUUGGAACUGUGGCUGUGGGAAGUCAUCUCAAGCAUCUUCACUGAUAACAUGAAAAGACAACAUGACUCUCUUGGGCCGGAAUUCCAAGCGUCAUUCUGAUGCUGAGAUUCCCUUGUCAAGUAACCUUCGACACCCAUGUGCCACUGAUCGGAGGUCGGUCCCAGCCGCGUGGGGCGCCCUGAGGCCCCCCCCCAGGUGUCCGGCAUGGCCUGGGCGGCGCUGCUCCUGGGCGCGCUGCUGCUGGUGGCCCAGCCCCGGCUGGUGCCUUCGCGCCCGGCCUCUCCCGGGUUCGAGCCCAGCGAUGGCGGCGGGGGGGUCGCCCCCACCAACGGCUCGGCCCGGCAGCUGCCUCACACCAUCAUCAUCGGGGUGCGCAAGGGCGGCACGCGCGCGCUGCUGGAGAUGCUCAGCCUGCACCCCGACGUGGCGGCCGCGGAGAACGAGGUGCACUUCUUCGACUGGGAGGAGCACUACAGCCAGGGCCUGGGCUGGUACCUCAGCCAGAUGCCCUUGUCCCUGCCACACCAGCUCACGGUGGAGAAGACCCCGGCCUACUUCACCUCCCCCAAAGUGCCCGCGCGAGUGCACCGCAUGAACCCCGCCAUCCGCCUGCUGCUCAUCCUGCGGGACCCCUCGGAGCGCGUGCUGUCCGACUACACGCAGGUGUUCUACAACCACCUGCAGAAGCGCAAGCCCUACCCUGCCAUCGAGGAGUUCCUGGUGCGCCACGGCCGCCUCAACGUGGACUACAAGGCGCUCAACCGCAGCCUGUACCACGUGCACAUGCAGAACUGGCUGCGCUUCUUCCCGCUCGGCCGCUUCCACAUCGUGGACGGGGACCGCCUCAUCCGGGACCCCUUCCCCGAGAUCCAGAAGGUGGAGAGGUUCCUGCGCCUGGCGCCCCAGAUCAACGCCUCCAACUUCUACUUCAACAAGACCAAAGGGUUCUACUGCCUGCGGGACGGGGGCCGGGACCGCUGCUUGCACGAGUCCAAGGGCCGCGCGCACCCCCAGGUGGACCCCAAACUCCUCCACAAACUGCACGAGUACUUCCACGAGCCCAAUAAGAAGUUCUUCGAGCUGGUGGGCAGAACAUUUGACUGGCACUGAUGGGCGAUCAUGGUCCCAGGCAGAAACCCAGACCUGUACAUCCAGAGGGGGAGGGAGAGAAUUUAAAACAGAAAGAAAAAGCAUUUAAGCUAUAAUUUAUUUGUAAAAACAAAUUCCAUAAAUUACUUCUGUACAGUAUUAGAUUCACAAUUGCCAUAUAUAUAUAUAAAUAUAAAUAUACUAGUUAUAUUUUUCUACUUGUUAAACGGAGGGCAUUUUGUAUUGUUUUUUCAUGGUUGUUAACGUUGUGUAAUAUGUUAUAUGAAAGAACUAAACUAUUUCACUGAGAAAAAAAAAAAAGAUUUUUCUGGAGAUACUUUCUUUUUUUUUUUAAUAUAAUUAACUGGCCCCCAACUCA